CGUCCAGCAGCUGAUGGGUAAUCCAGAAGAAGUUUCCCCUCAGUCAGGGGGGAGCUCCACUUUGAAGCAGGAGACUCCACAACCACCCUGCAUUAAAAAGGAAGAGGAGGAACUCUGCAUCACUCAGGAGGGAGAGUGUCUUCUAGGACGAGAGGAAGCUGAUUACACCAAGUUUCCACUGACUGUUGUCUCUGUGAAGACUGAAGAUGAUGAAGAGAAACCACAAGUAGACAACCUCUUAGCUCCACUAUCAGAUAGUGAGGCUGAAGACGAGGUUGAAGUAACUUUGAGCAGCGAUACAGACUGUGAAGGUGAUAUGAGGACUCACACUGACAACAAACACUCUGAAUGCUCUACAAAGAAGAGAGGUGAAACAUGUUUGAGCUGCUCAGUUUGUGCUGAAAGUUUUACUACAAAGAGCAAUUUGUACCGACACAUGAGAACACACACCGGUGAAAAACCAUUCAGUUGUUCAGUUUGUGGCAAAAGCUUUUCUCGAAAUUGUGUUUUGACUGAACACAUGAGAACACACACAGGUGAAAAACCAUUUAAUUGUUCAGUUUGUGGCCAACGCUUUUCUCAAAGUACCUCUUUGACUGAUCACAUGAGAACACACACAGGAGAAAAAACGUUUAAGUGUUCAGUUUGUGGCAAAAGUUUUUCUCGAAAUAGCAUUUUAACUCAACACAUGACAACACACACAGGAGAAAAAACAUUUAAGUGUUCAGUUUGUGGCAAGAGGUUUUCUCGAAAGAGCCAUUUGAUUGAACACAUGAGAACACACACAGGUGAAAAACCAUUUAGUUGUUCAGUUUGUGGCAAACAUUUUUCUCAAAGUACCUCUUUGACUGAACACAUGAGAACACACACAGGAGAAAAACCAUUUAGUUGUUCAGUUUGUGGCAAAGUAUUUUCCCGAAGUUUUCCCUUGACUCGACACAUGAGAACACACACGGGUGAUAAACCUUUUAGUUGUUCAGUUUGUGGCAAACGUUUUUCUCAAAAUAGCCAUGCGACUGAACACAUGAGAAAGCACACAUGUGAACAACUAUGUAAUUGUUCAGUUUGUGGUAAAAGCUUUCAUCAAAACAGCUCUUUAAGCCGACACAUGAGAACACACGCUGGAGAAAAACCAUUUAGUUGUUCAGUAUGCUGUAAAAGAUUCCCACAUAAAGCAGACGCAGUAAAACACACGAGAACACACAAGGGAAAAUAAGCAAUUAGCUGUUUAGUUUGUGGUAUGUUGCUCAUAUGUGGCGACAUCCACCCUACCCAGGACCUCCUCACUGCUUCUUUCACUAAUAUCUGAGGUAUUCAUACAAACUUGGAUUAUUUGAAGCAUAAUCUUAUCCACUCAUGACCCCAUGUCUUCUCUGUAUCUGAAACCUUCCUGAACAGUAAGAUAGAUGAUGCUUCAAGUAAUAGGUUUGUGAUGCUGAGUAACUGUUUGCAAAACCAAGUGCAAACUUUUACUCCUCGAACUGCCAGACAUGCAAAUCAGAGAAAUAUGGGACGGCGUAGCGCAGGAGGAGAUUGGCCGUGUGCAACCCUGGGGGUCCCUGGUUCAAUCCCCACCUAAUACCAGCCUGGUCACGUCCGUUGUGUCCUGAGCAAGACACUUCACCCUUGCUCCUGAUGGGUGCUGGUUAGCGCCUUGCAUGGCAGCUCCCUCCAUCAGUGUGUGAAUGUGUGUGUGAAUGUGGAAGUAGUGUCAAAGCGCUUUGAGGACCUUGAAGGUAGAAAAGCGCUAUACAAGUACAACCCAUUUAUCAUUUAAAUAUGAAUUAUUAACCCCCAACCCCCACCUCCCUCGACAUUCGGGCAUAACAGGUUCAAUCCAGCCCGCGAGAUGAGUUUGCGAAGUGUAAAAGUCAGCUGCAUUUUUUAGUGAAAUAAACUGCUGUUCUAAUUGUGUCCACUGGAUGUCGCAAUAGCAAUUCUGUUAGGCAAGCAAAUAGCAUAGCAAGUAUACCGAGCAAAAGGUACACGGUAAAGCGGGGCUGUGACUCCUCCCCCUCCAGCCAACGUAAAAGAGGAGUAAAAUAAUCAAUCAGUAACCCCACUUCAAAUGCAGCAUGAGACACUGCACACUGAUAUAGUUCUGUGAAAAUGAUUGUCUUCUGUGCAAAUGUAAAGAAAGUGAACAGUGUGUGAUUUACUGCAAUACUGUCAGUCUUUCAACUUUUUAUUUGUGCUUUGUUGAAAUUGUUCACACAUUGCACAGCUUUUAGAAGACAGGAAGUAACUCAACACUCUUGAAUAGUUUCUACCUCAGUGUGUAUGGUUUGUUGAGUUAGCACAGGAUUAACAUGUGGAAAUGACAAAUGAGGUCGUUGAUACAUAGAAUAGUUUUUGUUCAUCCUUUAUUUUGUUUUGUGUUCAAUCCUAGAUGUGUUGUGAC